GCUUAUAAACUCGCAGAAUGGCUGAAACCGCUUACGGCACAUUAAAUGGUUACGAUGCAGUUAUAGUUCUAAUGUUAUAGCAAAACAAUUUUCAUAAAAAAUAUGUUACAAGUGUUUUAAAAGAGAGUUAUUAGCCUGAAGAAAUACCUAUAAAUGACGUAAUCAGGCACAGCUAUAAAUACAAGCUGCAUCCAAUUAACCCCAAACCUUCCUCAUGGAUUCAGGACCAGACAGAUCUGAACUGACCCGGAGUUAUGAGGGCACAUCACUGUCAGACCUUGACAAAGGCUUUUAUACAGAUCAAAGCAUAUCGCUUUCUGUGGUUUCAUCCGAUGGUCUCUUAAAACCAAGUAAAGGUGUUGUUCUAGAGUAUUUAGAUCCUAACUCUACAGUUUUAUCACGACUGAACUACUCCAUUAAUAUUUUGUCACCUCUGGUUGCUGUCAGCAAAAACAUUCUCUCCCCGGGCAACACCCUAAAUACAGAUUUAAGCAGUCCGGUGGAAGGCAAGUCCUCCACACCCUACGAGAGGGUAAAAUUUCAAAAGCCCAUGUCUGCUGACUCGCUGGACCUGUCGUGUGUUGACCUGACCACCACGCACCCUUCAUGGGAGGUGUCCUUUGUGAAGCCCGUCAUGGAGAGUCCAAAGUCAUGCUUGGAGUCCUCAUGGAGUCCAAUUAACCCAUCAGCACCCCCUGAUGUGUCAAUGAUAUGGUCAGGAACAUCGCCUCAUCAACAUGUUUCAGAGGAGCUUCAGCGCUCUUGGAAAGAAAUGGUGAAGUCCGGUCAAGUUCCUACGAUGUCUGAGCUCCGAGAUGAACAGCAGAGUUAUUCAAACUUGGCCAUUUGA